AUGGAAGAGACUCCGGCACUCGUUUUCAAAUACAAAUGUCGCCGAAAUAUGUUCGUUGCACGACCGGCCACCUGCCGACCGGCGCUACAAACGCCCACUCCAAUUGUCUCCUUCCACCACCGACCAGAAAGAGGAAGGACUACUGCAAAGGAGUCUCACACCCCCACCGUUGCCUCCUUCAAUCCUCUCAAGAGAGCAAUCAGGACUAAGAAUGUUGCGAAAGACAAAGUUGAGCCCGAAUUAAAGGAAAAGGCAACAGAACAGGAGGCAACAAAUAAGGAGGUGACUUUGGAGUUUCAGAGAUCCUACAACUCCUCCCUUCAUUUGAACGUGUCACCAUCUUCAUCUAUUAAAUUUGAUAGACGCGAUGCCUCCUCGAGGAUAAAGCUGUUGGCAGUGGUUCAGCGUGGUGAAAGUGUAGAACACUCAGAAAAGUCCACUUCGACAGAUUCUUUUUUAAAAUGCUUUAAACAACUUCCAGAUUUCCCUGAAGGAGAAGAAGAAAAUUCUACUGCAUUAAAGUCACCAGGAAAUUUAAACGAUACUGCCAUGGAACUUCCGUUAUGGGCCAAAGUAAGUCAUUUUCAAGGCAAUUUUAUGGACAACGAAAGACCAGGUAGUGUUGGAGACAUCGAAACGGUGGUGAGUGAAGAGCCGAGACCCAUCCAAAGCACAGUUUCUAUCUCUGGGGACGAAAAAUUGAAAUCACAGCCAUUUGAAGUCAAAAGAACCAAUGAGUUUGGCUCUGCUGUUGCGCAUCAAAGAGUGAUAGUAAGACAGCUGCCUUUGAAUUACGCCUUGAGUGAUGAGAACUCAAAAUUAUCCUUGGUAUCAAGGGGGAUCCAGUGCAGUGAUCAGCUGGACGGUGAGGAACCUGAAGAAGAGAAUAAUGGACCUCCUUUAAGAAACACAGCACCCGAUUCACCCUACGUGACCCUGCACAAAUGUGUUCGUGAGAUCUAUAAACAAACCUGCCAUUGUCGCGCGCAUUCACUCUGUAUUGGCAAGCGAAAUCCGAAGGUGCGAGACGUUAGCACUUGGACGUCUGAUGGAAAAAUAGGGGAAAAGAGAAUUUCUAGAGUCUCCAAGAUAAUGCAAACCGAACCUCCAAUGCAUGACAUGUCCACUCAUUUUGCAGGGUACGUCUCCAGACAGAGUCAGAAAUUUCAAACUGCAUUCCAUCCCCUUAACUAUGUUCAAAGUAGGUCAUUUGCACCACAGACGUCAACACAGACCAUCUUUGAUAUGUGGGACACUGCCACAAUCAGCGACAACUCUCAGAUCAGUGCUGAUCCACUGUCUUGGCAUUUCGACAAACUAAAACUGCAGCGACAUUGUCAGAGUGGGGAUUCGCGAAGUGAAUCAAAACGACGCAAAAUUCGUCCAUUACAAAGUGCCUCUUUGGAUUGUCGAGGAGAUCAUAGUUCUCACUAUUACCAGCAGCAACAAGAAAGAAGUCACACUUACUAUCCAAACGCCUUCUCUGUUUCGACACAGACGCCACGGAAAUCGGCUCCUCCUCAUUGCAUACAGACGACUGUUCGAUGGAGACGUGGCUUAGAUGGCGCAGACUUCAAAAGGUGGGUUGGAAGACAUUCCGUAAGACGUGUUGCCACUAAGUCUCCUCCUCAGAAUCGUGACUCCAUGCCUGCUUCUUUCAAUCAGAAGAGUGUUUCCUCAAUCGCACCCGAGCCAAGUUGGAGUCCCCAAAAUAGCACCACCAACGCGAUCGCAAGCAAUGGCAAUGUGAAGAUUAACGGCAAGGAGAAUGGCGUUAACACAGGUGCGGCGGAUGGAAAAUCCGCCAAAAUUCGCGGUUUCAAUCAUAAGCAAUGUGAGACGGAAAAGAACGAUUUCAACAGCUUUGAUAGGUCUUCGAAAUUUUUGCCCAAAAAGAGCGUUCAAGUGCGUCGCUUGAGCAUGAAUCCCACAGCCAUUGGUGCCAAAACUACAACUGUGCCCACAGCCGCAACUCGGCGAACACGCACAAACACAAUAUCGCCAAAAAAGCAUCUGCUGACUUGCUUCUCGUCUAAGUCCACACCGCUGACACGCCCUCCCGAGGGAAUAACUACUCCCUCAUUACCCUCUUUGCCAGAUGAUACUGUCCAAUUAGAGGCGAUUGGCAACUAUUCCUCCGCAUUUUGCUCAGAGUGGAGCCCAAUUUUGAGAACUAAGACACUGUGGGUGGCCGUCUCAUCACUGACAAGAGAGACAGCACUGACUUCUCAAGGGCCGAUGAAGACAAUGAACAAACUUGAUAGUGUCCUCCGAAUCAAGGAACGGGACCAUGAACUUCAGGUGGAUAAAUGUGCGCAGGUAGAGCAACCUGCACGAAGGACUCUGACUUUGUGGCAGAGAUCGAGUGAGUGUCAGGUAGAUCAACUGCACUCGGGUUAA